CAACUUACUGAGCUAUCUAGCCAGCUAACCUAUUUUAUAGUUAGUUUUUAAAAUAUUCUUCAUCUGUUCAUCACUCAAAGAACAUUGGUUUUUGGACAGUCCAAAUAUUUCAUAGAUAAUAUUGCAAGAUAUUUAGCUUUGGACUCCUUACGUAUUCACUGCUUGACAAAGAGGACAGCUUCAAAUAGCUUAAACUAUUGGGGUGCCUCAACACAUUUCACAAUGUGGUUGUGAAGCAUGAAAGGUACCUACCACAUUAGCUGUACAAUCUUACUCAUCUGCUCAAAAAUAAUUCCUGCUGAGUUCAACAGAACUAAUUCCCAGAUAAGUGGAUGUAGAAUUCCAGGAUAAUGUAACAACGGUAUCCAUGUCUAGGCAGAAUAAGUUCCACUGAGUUCAAUGGAGAUUAGGUCUGCUACCUGGAUUUUGGGGGUGAGUGGAUUCAGCUGGCGACUUUAGCUCUGAUGCUGCCCUGAAGAAUAUAAAAUCAUAGUCGGCGACAAGCUACCGCAUAUUUUCAUAAGCCAGGACUGCGAUUCUUGCUUUUCGUGCACGCUUUCCUUGCAACAGGUUUCUCCCACCAGCCCUCUUCACGCCAACGAUGCUGUUCAGGCAGCCGGGAGGGUGAAGCAACGCGACGGAUAGAUAGGGGAACUAAAAAAUGAUUUCUGGGCUCGGUGGCUGGAAAAAUGAAAAGGACCGGUUCUGGCAGGGAUGCGGAAGGUGGUUCGGAUGAUGCUUGUGUAGACUGUGAUGAGGAGACCUCGGCUGCGUUCGGGUAGGUGUGAAAGGCAGUUGCUCGGAGGAGGAGAGGGGGAGACAAGGUAGAGGGGUGGGCACAGCACCGGCGCCAUCGUGGUGUGCCCACCCACUGCAGAGCCCUAUAUAUAUAUCUGCUGCCGAGCUGCGUCCCACCCGGGCAGAAGCCUCGCGCUUUCCUCCCAAAGAGUAAACUUUGUGCCCAGUUUUAGCAAGCCCCGUCGGGCCAUGGAGGAGGCAUUCAGGCCGGAAAGCUUGGCUCUCGGACCCAACCUGUCCCUCGCCCAGCAUCCCGGGGGGAACUUGAACCUUUCUGUCUCCUCCCGCUGGGUCACUCCGGGACAGCCUGCGCGGACCACCACGGCGGCCGUGAUUAUGCUGCUGGCCCUGGUGGGCAACAGUCUCCUUUUGCACCAGCUCCGCUGCGGCGUCGGUGGUUGUUCACUCUGCGGCGCGCUGCUUCUCGCCCUGCCUCAAGCCUUCGUCUUCCGCCCGGCCCCGCCGCAGCUCGGCGGCCGCUGCCUCAGCAUCUUCGCCCAGCUGCCCCGCUGGCACGGGCAAGCCUAUGCCCUGUACGGGGCUGUCACGGGCUUCGUGGCGCCCGCUUGCCUCCUGGGCACGACCUGCGGUCGCAUCCUCUGGGCGCUCAGCUCUUCCCGCACCAAGCAGGAGGAGGAGUUGGAGGAGGAGCCGGAGCCGCCGCCGUGGGGGUUGGCAGAAGGAGGCAGCGCCCGCCACGGGGCCGCCGAGCUGCCGGGUGUCGCCUCUCCCGUCCCGCCGAGACUCCUGCGGCUGUGGCCGGUGGCCCAGUGCGUCCUGCCUUCGCCGCCGACGCCGCGGACUCUACCCCGCGCCCGAGCCCGGUCCCUACAGCUGACGCUGGCACUGGCCACCUUAUUCGCCCUCUGCGGUUUCCCGCGCUUUUUCCUGGAGCUGGGCGUGGCUUUUGGCCCCCGCGGGGUCACCGGCGAAGAGGCCCAGGCGACGCUGGGCAGCCUCCUGGCGGCUACCAACGCCGCCCUCAACCCCUACGUCUGCCUCGUGUUCCACAGCCACCGGCCCUGGGCGCGGCGCCUCCAGCGCAGCCUCUGCUGCUGCCCCGACGGGCAGCCGAGGCGACGGGCUCGCCCCCGACACCAUCCGCCGCCACAGCUGUCGGCCGAGCGCCCCGCACGUUGGCUGUGCCCCUGCCAGACCAAAGAGCUUUCCGUCUCCACCGUCGUCCGGCGAGAAGCGGUGCAGACCCCGGCCGCCCCUCUGGCUUGCGAGAGCGGCUUCUAACGCCUUGCCCCAGGCCGGAAGGGCGACGGAGGGAGAAGACGCUUGUGCUGACAAAAGGCCGUCUCUCCAGCUCACUGAGGGCAGGCUAACGGCCAGGGUUCCCUUUACCCGUUUGACCCGGGACUGUACCCCGAAGCAAAUCCUUCGGAAAUGACAGUGCACAGUCUCACCUGCUGCUCCUGGUCUCAGAUCUGGAAAACUCUUCCUCUUCACACAAGUCCACUGAGAAGGGCAAACUACUGUUUUAGGGAAACAAAUGAAGUCAGAAGUACACUUUAUUAGAGAGGUUAUAUUUCGGGUGCUGAAUCCAGUUAUCCAAAUCAGGCUGUCAGCUUCAACUAUAGGAAAAUUUACUCAGUUUUAAGGAUAUCAGGUCACACACUUUAUUGGAAACCAAGGGGGAAAAUUCAGUGGAUCCCUACAGCUUGAGAUGUAGAUGUUACUUUAUGUUUGUAGGGCUUAUUGCCCUGUAUAUGUGUUUGUGCUGGAAAUGAUAAGCCACAACCCAAUAUUUUCAGCUCUCUGGAAUUCUGCUCAUUUUACCAUAGGAUUAGGUUCAAAGCAGUUGAGAAUCCCUCAUACAUUCACCAAAUUUAGCUGGUUAGAAGACAUCCUAUAAAUUAUGGCAUCUCAACAUAAGUUGACAGCACAACUGUUCUUGUAAACUGAUCAGGAAAAUAUUAGGCAUGAACCGUUGUUUUCAUUCACCAGAGCAAGAUUUUUGAUGUUUUAUUUUCAGAUUCUCCUGUUUAUCUCUGGUUUGAGAGAAAAUGGCAAAUAAUAAUAAUUAGGGAGUGCUGCUAUUGCUAUACAAGCAAGUUGCAUAGAUCAGUGCCCACCUUAAAUUUGCCAUGUUCCAGGCAAUGACAACUAAUACUGAAUAUAAUGUAUAUACGGUAUACAGUAUAUAUAAAAAAUUUGUAUAGAGAGCAUAUGAUAUCACAAUUUUCUGUUCAUUGUGAUUUGUUUGCUUGAUGUUCACAGCCAGCAGUAAUGAAGGCUAGGUCAGGAAUCUGUGUGGGCAGAUGGUGAGAGAAAACAAAAUAUACCUUGCAAAAGUGAAAGACUUUAAAAAUGCUUUAUAAUAAAAUGUUGCUUUCUUGCAAUUAUGUGAAAAUAUGUGGCCUUGUCAGAGGUUUAAAGGUUUUGUAUAUGAGCAGUAUUAGCUGCAGUAUUCUACAACUGCAGAUGUUUCUGACAGAAUAAUUACUUUUACCUCUGAAAGUUAAUGUGAAGGUUGCAGUGCUAUUCACACCUUUCAGGCAGCACGCCUAUUGUUGUUUCAACUUGCAUACUACCCCAUAGUGUUAGAGCACUCUCUGGGAGGCUUACAGAAUUAUGCAAGGAAUGCUUUGCCCUGCCCCACCCCCUGCAAACCAGUUACUCAUUUUAUCAGACUUGGGAGGAGGAUGGAACGCUGAGUCAACCUCAAACCCAUCAGGGUCAAACUCAGAUCGUGAGCACUUAACCACUGUGUGCUCAGUAAGGCUUCUGAUGACACCUCUUUCUUCAGUAGACUUCCUCUAGAUCAGGGGUGUCCAAC